AUGCUGUCCAACACUAUAGUCUCAUUCCUUGUCGACAUCAAUCAGCUUCUUUGCAGUAGAAUCAGCUCUAUCAGCAUCCCUGUUGGUGAAUUGCCACGUACCUUGGACACUGUCAAACCCCUCCUCAAGCAUGAGCUGCAAUCCCGUGUUAUUCACAAGGAGGUAGAAAGCCUUGGAUCAAUCAAGUACAAUAGGCUUGCAGGACCACCUGCAUACUCUAGCAAGGGAUGGACAUUCAACUGCAGAAAACGAGUCAAGCAGACUGAAGAGUCUGACUCAGAGACCGACAGACUGGAGGAUGAUGAAGGCUCUACCACAAAGAUUGAUGGGGACAUAGAGGAUGAUGACGAUGAUACAGAUAAUGGCAGUGGCUCAAAGCUCAAUUAUGAGGGUUCACUCAAAUUAAUAAUCCUUAUAAAAGAUGGACUGCUUGAUGGGAGUUGGGAUGGCCAAGACUUUCAAGCUGGAUCGAAGAAAAGACAAUGGGUGGUGCACACUACCGAGACAGACCUUCAGCGGCUCUUUUAUACCAUCCAGUACCACUUGCGCAACUCACUGAAGGAUGACAUCCCCUACACAUUUGCAAUGGGGGCCCAGUACUGGACUGCAGAGUUUUCUACCACUGCUAUUCCAGACACUUUCAAUGCCCAGAAGCCUGAUUUAUCCCUGUUCGACUUCGCACUCCUGAAGGAAAAGAAGUCAUGGGCAAAUGUCCUGGCCUUCGUGGAGCACACCUCUUCUGAUCUUUCCAAGAAUAGAGGUUUAGCAGUGUAUUGGGGGUCAGCAAUCAAAGCAUAUUUAAUCAUGCAAGAACAACCUUGGCGUUGA